GGAAAUCUCCGACCGUUAGCUUUGCGUUGAUUGGCUAGUUUGGCCCCAUCGCUCACAGUGCUAACGGCAGGCAGCUGGCCCCAGCUUGGUAACGACUCGAGCCGUCUUGAAGAACAGUCGAGAAUAACGUUAGGCGAGAAAUCAUGCCUCGUGUGUAUAUUGGACGACUGAGCUAUCAUGUCCGCGAAAAAGACAUCCAACGAUUUUUCAGCGGAUAUGGAAAGCUCAUGGAAAUCGAUUUGAAAAACGGGUAUGGAUUCGUGGAGUUCGAGGAUAACCGGGACGCCGACGAUGCCGUGUACGAGCUCAACGGAAAGGAGCUGUGUGGGGAGCGGGUGAUCGUCGAACAUGCCCGGGGCCCGCGGCGAGACCGAGAUGGCCAUAGUGGGGGUUACGGGGGUGGUGGGCGCAGUAGCGGUUACAGCAGCCGGAGCCGUUCUGGCAGGGAUAAGUAUGGACCUCCAGUCCGUACCGAGUACCGUCUAAUCGUGGAGAACUUGUCCAGCCGCUGCAGUUGGCAGGACCUCAAGGACUUCAUGCGUCAGGCAGGAGAGGUGACUUAUGCAGAUGCGCACAAGGAACGCACAAACGAGGGUGUGAUUGAGUUUCGAUCCCACUCAGACAUGAAGAGGGCCAUUGACAAGCUGGACGGUACAGACAUCAACGGACGGAAGAUUCGUCUGGUGGAGGACAAACCUCGCAAACGAAGGUCUUACUCUGGCAGCCGCUCAAGAUCUCGUAGUCACCGCCGCUCCCGCAGUAGGAGCCGCAGAAGCAGGAGCUCCAGGAGUCGCUCCAGAUCCCACUCCAGGUCUCGUUCCCAUAGCAACAAAAGACGCCGCCACUCCCGCUCCAGAUCUGGAAGGAAGUCUCGCUCCAAGUCAGGAGAAAGCAAAUCGCGAUCUCGCAACCGCAGGUCCCGUUCGCAUUCCUGUAAAUCUAAAUCUCGUUCACGCUCCCACAAAUCCCAGUCCCGUUCAGCCGACCGGAAGUCGAAAUCCCGCUCAAAGAGUCAUUCAAAGGUGAAGUCAGAGCGGGAUUCUCGCAGUAGAUCCAAGGAUAUGUCUGGUCACAAGAAGUCCCGCAGUCGUUCAGCUUCCCCCAUGGAGAACGGGAUAGGAGAGCGUGUCGCCAAAUCUCCUUGCCGCUCCCCAUCCCCACACGAAGAAGACCGCCGAUCUAAAUCCAGGGAGAAACGUUCAGCCUCCCGCUCAAAGUCCCGCUCAAGGUCUCACUCACGGUCUAGAUCAGCUUCUCAGAAUUAGAGAAAUCCGAAAAAGGAGGCAUUGUUGAGCUUGAUCCCUAUGCUGUACAUAAUGAGCAGUGUUGUCAUACUGGCUUAUGCUUCCUUGCUUGUUUACUUUUUCUCCCAAGUGUGCACUUGUCUUAAAGGUGUUUAAGAUUCAGUUUUAUUAGAGGAUGCACCACAGUGAGGGCUACCUAUUGGAAUAAUUUUGGUCAAAAAAUCACAUCUUCUUCCUUAUUUUCAAAAACUGAAGUGCUAGUCUUAAAAUAUUUAGACCUGCAACCUGAGAUGGUUCAAGUUAGUGUCCCAAAUAAUUCAAUUUGAUUGGUAAACUGUAGGUAUGUCACACCAACCAGUUUGUUUGAAUCAAAAACUGUUGCUUAGCGAAAGUUGAGUUGUCUUUAUUUUAUUAAUGCAUUUCAGUUUGCAACGGAUCUUAUUUGGUUGGUAGGUAUAUACCACUUACUAGCAUUGUUUAGUGUCCCUAGUCCAUAUGUCUGGAGCGUCCCUCAACCAUUGGUUGAUGCAACUGUUUUUCAUGCUCAUUGAAACUGCGUGGUUGUGGGAGAAAAGUAGCAUUUGGCUACAGCCUUGGAGCGGUUUCCCUUUUUUGAACUGCAGUCUCAAUUGCUUUCUAAAGGAAUAGGCCAAUCUUAAUGUCUUGCGGCAUUCUAAAAUGCACAACUGGGAUGCAAGAACUUGUACUGCAGAACUGCAUAUUUACAAAAAAAAGGGUUUGUAUUUCAUGUUUGAACUUGCAUUGUAGGUGGACUAUAAUUAUGAUCCCUUUUUUAACCUCUUGUACAUAGACCGUGUGAUUAGCAUUGAACUGAUUUCUUCCUUUUUGUUGCUAUCGAUAUUUGGGUUUUUUGUAACCUUGAGCAGGUAAAUUGUGGAAGACCCUUUUUACUUUCUAGAUUUCUGUUUACGUCGAGCUUCGAGGCCUCAAAUGUCCCGUUUUUCUCGCCUUUCCUGAUUCGUUCUGAUUGCCCCCCUGAGUCAUUUUCAGUUUGUAUUUCAUCUGUUUUUCUGCAAGCUUAAUAAGGGUUUUGUCAAGCCUAUGCUCAUUUAAAAUGUGCAGCUAGCACUGGAGGUUUUGUACUUGCAAGGUACAUCAUUAAAAUCUCUGGAGGGUCUGUUUGUGGGUUCAUAAAGACCACCAUCAGACUGACUGAAUGCACCCCCCUCUCUCCAUCUUGUGGAACACUUUUUUUUUUUUUCUUUCCUCCAUGCUAAUGAGAUCUAACAGAAAAUUGUGCUUUUUUAUUGUAUGUUCAAUUAAAGAUCUUAAUGAAAAAA